GUGGGGAUGUUUUAUGUUUUAAUUUUUUGCCUUAAUUUGAUACAUGUAUAUGUUGCAGAAAGGUUAAUGUAAUCACUUUACAAAGGUCACAAUGCCUUUUAGUUCUGAAAUAGAAAAUCUAAGAUGAAAAGAAAAAUAAUGGAUUCGGAGGUUAGAGAUAACGAUGUUUAUGGCCUCAUCGGUCAGUUAUGCAAAAGUUUAUUCUAUAAACAUUAUCAGGUUGAAGAACACCCUUAUCUGCCUCCACACAUCAAUAACAAGCAUUUGCAGAAACUCAAAUCUAAAGCUUAUGAGAUAUUACUAAAAAAGUCUAGUCAAAAUUACGUAAACAAUAACAAGUCAUGUGAUCCAAUAUUAGAAUUAUUGAAACAUGCAUUUGUCAUAAAAGUAGGAGCGGGUUUGAUUUCACAAGCUACAGAACUAGAAAGAUAUUUAGAUGAAUUUAUAGAUAGUGGAUUGGAACCAAACACCACGACCUAUUCUACUUUGCAAUUUUUAAAUGAAUUAAAAUUGAUUAAAUCUCAAGAUGAUUACUGUAUGGAUAUUUUUCAUUACGGAAAAUCACAUCCAUUACUUCCAGAAGUAAUUUAUAAUAAAGGAGAAGUUCCACCUUUUCAAAUAUAUCCAAUUGAAUCAUUCUUUUUACCAAAAAAAUUUGAAUCAAAUCUUAAAUUAGAACGUGAUAGUUUUACUAAGUAUAGCACAGCUGAGCCAGGAAGUAAAUUAUCACUACUUGGUCUAUUUACAUCAGCAUCAAAUUCCAAUAUACAGAAUAUGAGAUAUAAUAGUGAUUCAGUGAUAUCAAACAUAUCAAGAAACAUAACUAGCCUUAAUGGCAAUAAUUUAAUAAUCCAUUCUUCUUUACCACAAAUAAAAGAUAUAACUAAAGUAAAUGAACAAAUUCCAAUUUAUAAAGAAGAAAUUGCUAAAACGAAAUUUAUACAUUGUGAUAAAAGUGAAACUGAACUUUAUGAAAUUAAGAAACAGGAAAGUCAAGAACUAGUGAAGAAUUUAGAUAAAAUAUGGGAAAAUAUGGACAAAACAUCACCUCUAUCAAACCACAGAACUUGGGAAACUUUAGGCAAAUCUGAACCACCUAAAGAACCUCCAUUUAUUUCAGAAUCAAUUGAAGCUACAUUACAUUUAAUGAAUAUUAUACAUGAUAACAUAUUACCAAAUAAAAUUGCUGCAAAUUAUGUAAUUACUGAAAUUUCUAGUAAAGAAUUUAUAAAUAAUGUCAAACUUCUACUACUUGGAGUUGAAUCUAAUACCUUUAUUUACAAUUCAUCGACUGGCUUUGAAUUGAAAAAAAAUAUAGCAAUAAAUAGUAUAAGCACAGGAACUCUGGAAAAUCUGAGUUACGAGAUUAUUCAUUGGGGUACCUCUUUUAAAAAUCUUUCUAUUCUUAUUGCUACUGAUAAAAAAAGUGGAAAACUACAGAUAGAAGGGUUAAUCUUUAAGGCACUUUGUAGUAGUAUAAAAGAAUUUCUACUCUUUUAUCAUGCCGCCAUUCUCCGAGUUUCAAUAGUUGAAGAUGGAAAUAUAGGGUUGUUGAAAUUCUUAAAUAGAGUAAGACCAUUAGGUAAUUUAAUUAAUAAAGUGGCAAGAUUUUGUCGCUGUGAUAAUCAAAUAUUAACUUCGCUGGGCGAAGGUAUUGGUAUUUUAACACAUAUUUAUAAAGAAGUAACAAGAGUUACAGAACAAAAUGUUGCCUUAGUUUAUUAUUCAACUUUAAAAACCUGUUGUGAAGUCUAUUUUCGCUUUCUACAACGUUGGAUUUUUGAAGGAGAAUGCACAGACAUUUAUGAAGAAUUUAUUAUAAAAGUGAGAACACAAUAUCUUCGAAUUCGAGGCCAUCGAUUCUGGACAAGAGCUUUCGGUAUUAAUCAGAAAUCGGUACCUGGAUUCUUAUCCGAAUUGACGGAUUCAAUUUUACAAUGUGGAAAAGCUGUAGCUUUAUUAAGAAUAUGUAAUCCUAAAAAUCCAUUGUGUCAAGUCUCAGCCUCUAGUCAACCACAAAUUCGCGUUUGUUUGAGUGUGGGUAUGUUAAUAGAGCAAGCUAAAUUCUAUGAGGAAUAUAUAAUCAAAGGAGAAAUUGAACAAGGUGAAAAAGUAUCGUUAUGUUCUGCAAUUCAAGAAGAAAAAGAAACAGAGAAAAGAAGAGCUGAACUCGUGAUUGAAGCACAAAAAGAUACUUUAUUAAGAUUAAAAAAAGAACGAGAAGAUGCUAUUAAACAAAUUAUAAAAGAGAAAAAUCAACUUCUAGAGCAGUUGAAAGAUCAAGCUGAAGAAGCUGCUAAUAGAAAGGAAAGAGACCGAAUUGCAGAAUUAAAUUCUGAUAAAGUGUUUUUAAAAAAUGCUUUAAAGCAGGAAGAAGAAGCUAAACUUAUUGAGAGAGCAGAAAGAGAAAAUACUAUAAAGUAUUACAACGAAUUAGCAGAGGAAGCGAAUAGACGUCGUAUUCAUGCAAGCUGGCGAAUACGUAGAAUGAAGCUAUUUGAUGAAAGAAUCUUGGCUAUAUCCGAUUUGCAGCGAGAAUUUGCCACUACACCAGAUAAAUUCGAACCACUUGCUCACUUUGAUAGUACUAAAAAAGAAGAGCAAAAAAUAAAUGAAGAGGUUAUAAAAAAUCAAAGAUUUGAAGAAACUGUAAUGUUGAAAGAGAACAAUAAUGAUUCAGAAAAAGAAAGAAAUCUAAAUACAAAUAAUCUUUCUAUUUCUAUACCUCUUGAUAGUACACAAAUAACAGUAGUUCUGAAUACAGAUGAAAAUAGUAAUCCCACAACUAUAAAAAUUGACGAAUCUAAUUUCGAAAUUAAAAGUAUGGUUACUUCUAUUACAGAGAAACAAAAUAUUAAUUCACCAGAUAAAACUAUUAGCAAACAAAAUACAAUAAAAGCAGUGCGACCAAAUAUACUUGAAAUUCCUGGAACAACUUGUACGAAGAAUUUAAAGGAUCUUGACAGACUUGAUGGUUUCAAAACAAUUCAAGCUACUUGUAUUGAAAACACAGCUCUUAAUUUAUUAAAUCUCACAAAAACUGAUAACAUGACAGAAGCACAACGCAACAAGUUAAAAGUUCUGCAACAGGAAUACGGAGUCUCACCAAAUAACAAUAAAACUAAUAUACUCGUGUCUAUGGACAAUUCUGAAAAUCAACCUAAAAUGUCAGAGAUUCAAAUAAAUAGAUUGAGAAAUACUAAUCAUCUAAUCGAUUUAAAUUGGGAUAAUGUUGAGGCGGCAACACGUCAUAUAAAAGAUGAAGAUUGCUUAAAUGAACCAAGGACAGAGAUUCAAAUUAAUCGAUUGAGAAAUACGCAGCAUCUCACCCAUUUGAAUUGGAAUGAUCCACAAGCAAGUGAAACGGUAGAGAAACCAUUAUUAACAGAGGCCCAACUAAAUAGAAACAAAAUUAUGUCACAUUUUUACAAUCGGAUGGAGGAUCUCGAACCUGUCUCUGCGAAAACAGAAAAUUUGACUGAAUGGCAGAAAAAUAGAAAUCGGAAUAUGGCUCACAAUACCGAUCAAUUUGAUUUUGAAAUAAACAGAUUUGUUGAUAAUGAGCCAGCAAAAGAAACACCUAUGUCAACUACAACCGACCAUUUCACUGCUUCAACCUAUAGUAGUUCUAUACCAAUACAGAGUUGCGAGAAUACUCCGUUUUCUGAAAUUACAAAUCACAGUGACAUACUUUUUGCUAAAUCAUCAAAUGAAAUGUCAACAGAAGAUUUAUCACAAUAUCAAAGCUCCAAAUAUUUCCAAAGUUCUCCAGUAUUUCCAAACUUCAUCGGGCUUGAUUCCACCCCAAAUACACCAUCUAUUGAAACUCAACAACUAACUGUUGAUGAUGUUGAGAUGAUUGAUACAACAUCCCUACAAGUAUACCUGGAGAAAUCUGUUAUGAUACCACUAACGGCACAAAGUCGUCUUGUAAAUAGUGCUAUAAUUAAGUACCUAUUAACUGAACAUAAUAUGCUCUCUCAUCUGCACAGUUUGCGUAGCUAUUUCUUUUUACUUAAUGGUGAAUUUGCUAAAACUCUUAUGCAGUCAUUAUUUACAAAGCUGUACGAAGUAACAACUCCCAGUGAACUUCUCAAUUCAUCAACUUUAACGAACUUUUUAGAAAAAGCACUUGUUAGUUCGCUUAGCAGUACUUAUGCUAAUUCUGAAUUAUUGAGUCUUUCGGCUUUAAAUAUACCAACGCACUUACAGACUUCGAACCCCGAAAUACUUAGUUGUUUGUCAUUAAAUUAUAAAAUUUCAUGGCCUUUAAAUAUAAUAUUUAACGAUAUGGUUAUGUUACAAUAUAGUAAAGUAUUUAAAUUUUUGCUAAUGGUUGGUCGUGUUCUGUGGGUACUACAAGAAGAUUUUCAAAUUUUAAAAAUCGAAAGAAAAGCCUCUAUUACAAAAAAUCACCAUAAACUCCAAUUGUACAGGCAUUCAAUGAUGCAAUUUAUGAAUGCACUGCAUACAUACCUAACUUGCAGUGUUUUGCAUGCCAGCUGGUCAGAAUUUGAAAAGAAAUUAGAAAACACAAUGACUCUUGAAGAAGUGCAUGAUACUCAUAUCAGUUACAUAAAAAAGAUUUUAUCAAGGUGUAUGCUGAAUCUCAGAGGUGAAAAGAUGCGCACGUGCCUAUGCAAUAUCUUCAAAGUUGUUCUUAAAUUUCACAAUCGAAUAAAGACGCAGAACUGGAACGAAUCAAAGUCGGCCGGUCCGAAUUACGAGAAUCUCGAGAAGAUGUAUAUAGCUUUCAGUGAACAAAGAGCUUACCUGGCCCACGUGGCGGAGAAAUUAGCAAAUACCGGCUAUCAACCUCAUUUGAUGCAAUUUUUGCAUGCGCUAAAUAUAAAUCACCGCUACAAUUUUACUUCGCAAAAGUAGAUUCCUAUAUUUUUUUAAACAGUUUAUUAGACUAAAAA